GAGUUGAUCACCGCUUGGUAUAUUGGAUUCCUGUGCCUAAUUUUAGCCUCCUUCCUGGUGUACUUGGCUGAGAAAGGAGAAAAUGACCAUUUUGAUACCUAUGCAGAUGCCCUUUGGUGGGGCCUGAUUACCCUGACCACCAUUGGCUAUGGGGACAAGUAUCCACAAACCUGGAAUGGGCGUCUCCUGGCAGCAACCUUCACUUUGAUUGGGGUUUCCUUUUUCGCUCUCCCCGCAGGAAUUCUAGGUUCCGGCUUUGCCUUGAAGGUUCAAGAGCAGCAUCGUCAGAAGCACUUUGAAAAAAGGAGGAAUCCUGCAGCUGGCCUAAUUCAGGCUGCAUGGAGGUUUUACGCCACUAACCUCACCCGAACCGAUUUGCACUCUACCUGGAAUUACUACGAACGAACCGUCACCGUUCCCAUGUACAGCUCACAAACGCAAACCUAUGGUGCCUCCAGGCUCAUUCCACCUUUGAAUCAGCUCGAGCUCCUGAGAAACCUGAAGAGCAAAUCAGGAUUAACUUUCAGGAAAGAACAGCAGCCAGAAUCAUCUCCAAGUCAAGCCACUUCGUGCAGAAAAUCUUUUUGUGGAUGCUGCUCAGGAACCUCUAGUCAGAAGGUCAGCUUGAAAGAUCGUGUCUUCUCCAGCCCCCGAGGGGCAACCACGAAAAGUAAAAGUUCUCCUCAGGGGCCAGGUGUCCGAAGAUCCCCCAGUGCAGAACAAAACGUGGAAGAUAGCCCAAGUAAAGUCCCCAAGAGCUGGAGUUUUGGAGACCAGACUCGGGCCCGGCAAGCUUUUCGCAUCAAAGGAGCCGCGUCUCGUCAGAAUUCGGAAGAAGCAAGUCUCCCUGGAGAAGACAUGGCUGAUCCUGACAACAAGAGUUGCAACUGUGAAUAUUUGACAGAAGACCUUACACCGGGUCUUAAAGCCAGCAUCCGGGCAGUGUGCAUCAUGCGGUUCCUGGUUUCCAAGCGAAAAUUCAAGGAGAGCCUGCGACCAUACGACGUGAUGGACGUCAUUGAACAGUAUUCAGCAGGACAUCUGGAUAUGCUUUCCCGGAUUAAAAAUCUUCAGUCCAGGAUAGAUAUGAUUGUGGGUCCCCCGCCCUCUUCAACUCCCCGGCAUAAGAAGUAUUCAGCCAAAGGAUCGCCCCAAUACUCGCCUAGAGUGGACCAGAUUGUUGGGCGUGGACCAUCACUGACAGACAAAGACCGCACCAAAGGCUCGGCUGAAGGAGAACUGCCAGAAGAUCCAAGUAUGAUGGGCAGACUUGGCAAGGUGGAAAAACAGGUUCUCUCCAUGGAGAAGAAGUUGGAUUUCUUGGUCAACAUCUACAUGCAACGGAUGGGGAUCCCUCCGACUGAAACAGAGGCCUAUUUUGGCUCUAAAGAGCCUGACCCAGCACCACCUUAUCACAGUCCAGAGGACAGCCGGGAACACAUUGAUAAAAAUGGCUGCAUUAUCAAGAUCAUCCGCUCAACCAGUUCCAUGGGCCAGAAGAACUACUCUGCCCCACCAGCCACAAUGAUGCCAAACAACUCAUGUCCUCCCUCCACUUCUUGGCAGCACUAUCCCCGUCCGAGCUAUGGGUCAUCCCCAGUUGGUGAUCCCGGUUCCUUGGUGAGAAUCCCACCACCGCCGUCCCACGAGCGUUCCUUAUCUGCCUACAGCGGGGGCAACCGAGCCAGUUCCGAGUAUGCCAAGAACGAAGACGUGACUGCUAAACACCCCGAAAGUGCCCUGAGAGACAGCGACACGUCCAUUUCCAUCCCGUCGGUCGACCACGAGGAACUGGAGCGUUCCUUCAGCGGCUUUAGCAUUUCUCAGUCCAAAGAAAAUUUGGACAUCCUGAACAAUGGUUGCUACACCGCAGUGGCCAAAAUCAGACCUUACAUUGCGGAAGGCGAGUCAGACACAGAUUCUGACCUCUGCACACCCUGUGGCCCUCCGCCGAGGUCAGCAACAGGUGAGGGACCUUUCGGAGAUCUAGGCUGGUCAACCCCAAGACAAUGA